AUGAGGAUUCACACACGUGAGAAGCCUUUCCCCUGUCCUUGGUGUCACAAAUCCUUCUCUCGCCUGGACGUCCUCAACCGCCAUAAGACUGCCCACGAAGAGCAAACCCUGCCCGGGGCCAUCCGCGUGGGGUCGCGAGCAUGCGUCCGAUGUGCGUCAGACCGCGUGCGAUGUUCGCGCGAGCAACCAUGUCGCCGGUGCUCGCACCGUGGCUUUCGCUGUCAGUACCCGGCAGUCCGUUCACCUCAACGUGGGCUUUCAGAAACUGGCGCACCAGACAAUGCGAGCAGCUUUGAUACCGGCCAGGAUGAGUCCGGGGCCUGCGUUGUUGAUACUGCCACGCCCCAUGUCGUCGACACGUCCCUUAAUAGCUGGACCUGGACUGAGCCCACGGCUCCAAUGGACAUGAACGGAAGUUUCUUUGGCCUACCUGGCAUGGGUCUAUCAGACAUCAACUGGCUCUCUCCCCAAAGUCAGAACACUAUCCAUAUGGACGCCCUCCUUGCGCCAUUUGGUGUCGAUGACAAUCCCGGCUCUUUCCCACGUCCGCCAGGUAUUGCCUUACCUAGGACAGUCUCUACAGGACAGCCCUCCCCACUGCCUGAGGACAUACCCAUGAACGCAAAUCCAGAAUUCAGUGUUAGUGACUCCGGCAAGUCCACUUUAUCUUCUCAGAAUCGAUACUACGUAGAUGGAUCUGGCGCAAGAGCUCCCUUUGGUGGCAGGCAUAUUGAUGCAGCCUCUUGCGACCAUACUGAGCAAGUGCAGGAUGCGGAAGGAGAUGCUUCUGCAGAACCCAACGUAACCCUGAUGCAAGGUCCAAGUUGUCCACUAUCUACUUACGACUCUCUCAUUCGGGGCAUCACUAUGGAGGCCCGCACUUGCCUCGAGGAAUUGGAUACCACCUGUCUUCCUACGCCUGAGCAGUUUCAAAUCUGUGUACGACAAUACUUUGCUAAAUUCCACCCUGCUUUUCCGUUUUUGCGUCGUUCUUCGUUCACGAAAGAUAUGUCCUCUAGCUGGGUACUACUCCUAGCCGUGACAGUGGUUGGCUCGAAAUUUUGUCAGGACCUGCAACCCGCAGUACAAACCGAUGCUCUUCUUCGUUUGGUCGGUCUAAUUCUUACUCGCUGCAAAUACGGCCUCACACAAGAAGGUACUGUGAUUGACGAAGACCUCGACUACAUGCCUGGCGGCCGCCACAAUAGACUUUCCUCGCCUUGCCUGCCAAUCUUGCAGGCUGGGAUUCUGAACAUCUCUUGCAUGCUUCACUCCGGGAAGCAGGCGUUGGUCGAGCGCGCUCUUGUCGAACGCCAUUACCUUGUGGAGGCAUGUCGCAGCUUUGACUUAUUGGCAUACAAUCCCAGUUGCGAGGGCUUUCCACAGUCGAAUACUCGUGAUCGGGAUACAAAAAUUAAUCAGUGGCUGGAGCAAGAAUCAAAAUCUCGAACUGGGGCUAUGAUCUGGGUUCUGGACACAAUAUGCGCCUACGAAUUUCAGGUCACGCCUCUGAUGCAGCUUAAUGAUAUGCAAGUAAACCUUCCCGCUCCUGAAGACAUCUGGGAGAAUCCGACUCUGCAGCAGCAGACUUAUGGCAAGCAAUGUGAGAUCAAGCUUCGAGACGCACUGGAAAUAUUGUACAUUGAGAAAAAGAUGCCAUCAAAUUUAGGCGAAUUCAGUGUAGGACUACUGAUUAUGGCUAUCUACAGGAACACCAAAGAUCUUCUUGCUAGAGACCGAAUUCGCUUGUACUCCUGGUCACCUUCUGCGCUGCCACAACGACGAUCUGGGACGCCAAGGUCUUCUUACCAAGAUUGGCUACCCACGACACGACUGGCGAUGAAAUGGCGUAACAGCGCCUGCGAUUGCCUUGAUAUUCUACACUGGCCGGCUAAUACCAAGGUUGCAUCAGUAACGAUUUAG